AAAAAAAAAAAAAAAAGAUGAGGAUGAAAAACCUAAAUUAUAUCCGCUCCUCACUGAGUUCAAAAAUUGCACUCUAUCAUCUUCUUCUGAAGGGGAGGAUGAGCAGGAGUCAUCUGACUCUGAGGAGUCGGGUCUUGACCCUGCUGAGCAGGCAGAGUUAGAUGAGGAAGCUGCAAAAUAUGAGGAAGAGAGAUAUGGCCCCGUCCCGCCUUAUUCACCUAGGCGUGGCUCUGUAGCUUUUAAGUGCAGUACAACAGCUCCUCCCUAUGAGGAAGUGGAAAAACACACAGGAUCAGGAGGGAGGCCGUCACGCAUUCCUGAAAAGGAAGUUAGAAAGAUACAAGCAGCAUUUCCUGUAUGGGAAGAUGCUCAAAAUCAGAGGCAAUAUGCUCCUCUAGAUUUGAAACAACUGAAGACAUUGGUGGAGGCAGUACAGACGUAUGGUAUCAGUGCCUCUUUUACCUUGGCAUUGGUAGAGAGGCUAGCUGCUGAUGCUAU